AUGGUGCAAAUUAGUGAAGUAAAAGAUUCAGGAGCGGGAACUCAAGGUUCAACCCGCACAGCGGCUCAUACACACAUCAAGGGACUGGGUCUGGAUUCGCAAGGUGUGGCAAAGGCAGUAGAAGGUGGGUUUGUUGGGCAAAUUGAGGCCCGUGAGGCGUGUGGGGUGAUUGUGGACCUGAUCAAGGUCAAGAAGAUGUCCGGGAAAGCGAUUUUACUGGCAGGUGGUCCGUCCACCGGUAAGACGGCCUUGGCUUUGGCUAUUUCACAGGAAUUGGGGCCCAAAGUGCCAUUUUGCCCCGUUGUCGGGUCGGAGUUGUACUCGGUGGAGGUCAAGAAGACUGAGGCUCUUAUGGAGAAUUUUAGGAGAGCAAUUGGUUUGAGAAUCAAAGAGACAAAAGAGGUGUAUGAAGGUGAAGUGACGGAAUUGGCCCCGCAAGCUGCUGAAAACCCGUUGGGAGGAUAUGGAAAGACCAUCGCCCACGUUAUUGUGGGACUCAAGUCCGCUAAGGGAACUAAGACUCUGCGAUUGGAUCCCACCGUGUACGAAAGCAUCGAGAGAGAGAACGUCAGCGUCGGCGAUGUUGUUUAUAUUGAGGCAAACACGGGCGCCGUGAAGCGUGUAGGAAGGUCGGAUGCUUACGCCACCGAGUUCGAUCUGGAGGCCGAGGAAUACGUUCCUCUCCCCAAGGGUGAGGUCCACAAGAAAAAAGAGAUAGUACAAGAUGUGACUCUACACGACCUCGAUGUGGCUAAUGCGCGUCCACAAGGUGGCCAGGAUGUUGUGUCCAUGAUGGGCCAGCUCAUGAAGCCAAAAAAGACCGAAAUUACUGAGAAAUUGAGGCAUGAAGUUAACCGCGUAGUGGCCAAAUACAUUGACCAAGGCGUGGCCGAGCUCAUUCCAGGUGUUUUGUUCAUUGACGAAGUUAACAUGCUGGAUAUUGAGAUCUUCACCUACCUCAACCGUGCUUUAGAAUCCAGCAUCGCUCCUGUGGUGGUACUUGCCUCGAACCGCGGUAUGACCACUGUUCGUGGAACAGACGAUGUUGUUUCUCCCCAUGGUGUUCCUCCUGAUCUGAUCGACCGUCUACUUAUCGUCCGCACUCUUCCAUACUCCAAGGAGGAAAUCAGAACUAUUAUAGAAAGACGAUCCCUGGUAGAGAAUCUGAAAUGCGAAGCUACCGCGUUGGACCUUCUAGCCGACAUGGGCACUGCAACUUCCUUGCGCUACGCCUUGCAACUUUUGUCUCCCUCUGGAAUUAUAGCUAAAACCGCGGGUCGUUCGGAAAUUACCUCUGGUGAUGUCAACGAAGCGAAACUACUAUUCCUGGACGCCAAGAGAUCAACACAGAUUUUACAAACGAGUGACAACUAUUUGUAG